AUGAUCUAUUGUUUAAAAUGCAUGACUCAUAACCCGCUAAACCUGUUUUCCGCGUGAAUAGCCACAUCUUUUGUGCUUGGGGCCGCCUUUAUGGCGCCACGUCAAUAAUUUCUUUUGUUUCUACUUCCGGUUACAUGGAAAGGCACUUAGUUCACGUUGAGCGGAUAAGUGCUUUCUUUUUGUUCAGGACACCUGCACAAGUAUGACUCUUAACUCGCUAAACCUGUUUGCCGCAUGAAUAACCACAUCUUUUGUUCUUGUGGUCGUCUUUAUGGCACCACGUCAAUCAUUUCUUUUGUUUCUACUUCCGGUUACAUGGAACGGCAUUUAGUUCACGUUGAGCGGAUAAGUGCUUUCUUUUUGUUCAGGACACCUGCACAAGUAUGACUCAUACCUCGCUAAACCUGUUUGCCGCAUGAAUAACCACAUCUUUUGUGUUUGUGGUCGUCUUUAUGGCACCACAUCAAUCAUUUUCUUUUGUUCUCGUCAUGACUCAUCGUCACCUGCACAACUAUGACUCAUCUUUUUAAUUUAAUUCGCGAUUAUAGUGACGUAUUAGAUUUACAGUUACGCGGUGUUUAUAAAGCUGGUGAGGUUGCGACUCGUUCUCAUUUGUGUUCAGUUCAGUGUUCAACGUGAUAUUGUGUCAGUGUACUAGUUCAAAGUUACAAAUUAUGUUUUCGUACAGCAAACCUUAUUCUCGUCCAUCAACAAACCCCAGAGAUCCUCGUACUGCUGAAAAGUUGUCGACGACACUCAAUUACUACAAGCCUAUUGCAUCAUCGCCAGAAUUCUGCUACACAGAGGAUGAUCACCGAGCAUUCGACAGGGAAGUUAUGAAGGAAUACAACAUCUCAUCUUACAAUAAUCCAGUGCCCAGACACGAAGAUUUCUGUUUAUCAACACAAGACCGUAAGCGCAUACAUAACAAGUUUAUGGAUAAAGAACGACAGCAAUUACUCAGUGAGUCGACAUUUAAUCUAAAUAAUAGUGGAUCCAAAAUCCUGAAAGUGGGUCUAGACGUAUUUGAAGAUUGCCCCUGUGUCAAGAUACAAGGCAAGGAUCGGAGCAUAUAUUUUUCAAAGAGUGCCUUCGAGAGUUUUUUAAGCGAAUUAGAAGACAUCGUCGGAGCAGUAAAGCGCGAGGAAGAAGAUGAAACUUUCGAUCUAGAAGAUUUUCAUGUACGGUGCUGCAGAAAAUAUAAAGCUGCGCGUAUCAUUUCGAAGAAAGAAAUCCACUGUGAACUGUACUUGGGACUCGUCACCCUGGAAAAAGUGAUCGCUAUGGCAGACUACUUACGUCAGAAGCUUAAUUAUUUGGGUAAUUAUUUGGAAGGUAAUGAUUGUCCUUUCAAAAACUUUGUAGAAAAAGUUGUGGACAUUCUGGAUAGACGUCAGCAAAAAGAUGUGAGUUAUAACGAUUUGCUAACAAAUUUAACUACUGAACCUUUAGUUAUACAUGAGUUAGUCCAUAAGUAUCCGUAUUUUGUGAUUGAUAAGAUAGAGGAUUAUAUGCAAACUUAUGAUGAUAGGUUCUUGUACAAAUAAAUGUAAAUAAAUAUAAAUGUAAGUUCUACAUUCUUUUAAUCAGUUUGGUGUUAUACUUCGAGACAUUACAAUGGAAAAUAAAUUUCUUCAUCCAUUUUCCGCUCUUGUAAGUGGCCCAAGCGGGUCGGGAAAGAGUUAUUUUAUUGUAAACUUUCUAAAAAAUAUA